AUGUUGACCUCCUCCAACACUUCGCGGGCCGCGGUGCGCUCGAUGGCCAGCCUGACACGCGCGGUCUCCUCCAGCUCCCCCGCAGCUGCCGCGGCUUUUGCUGCCCGCUCCCCCGCUGCUCUCAGUAGCCGACGCCUCUUGGCCUCCAAUAGCCGGGUCAUGCAACAGUUCCCCCGCCUUCAGUCCUUGAACUCUACUUCCUCCAAGCGCGCCUUUGGCACCACCGUCAGAAUGUCUUCUGCUACUCGUACCGAAACCGAUGCCUUCGGUGAAAUCCAGGUCCCCGCGGACAAGUACUGGGGUGCCCAGACCCAGCGUUCUCUGGGUAACUUCGACAUUAACCAGCCCCAGGAUCGUAUGCCCGAGGCUGUCGUCAAGGCUUUCGGUGUCCUGAAGGGUGCUGCUGCCACCGUCAACAUGAAGUUCGGCCUUGACCCCAAGGUCGGUGAGGCCAUCAAGCAGGCUGCCGCUGAGGUUGCUGAGGGCAAGCUGAACGACCACUUCCCUCUCGUUGUCUGGCAGACUGGUUCCGGUACCCAAUCCAACAUGAACUCCAACGAGGUCAUCUCGAACCGUGCCAUCGAAAUCCUGGGUGGUGAGAAGGGCAGCAAGAAGCCCGUCCACCCCAACGACCACGUGAACAUGUCUGCCUCCUCCAACGACUCUUUCCCCACCGCCAUGCACAUCGCUGCCGUCGUGGAGCUUGAGAACACCCUGCUCCCUGCCCUGCAGAGCCUCCGUGAUGCUCUCCAGGUCAAGGUCGAGAAGUUCGACAAGAUCAUCAAGAUCGGCCGUACCCACUUGCAGGAUGCCACCCCUCUUACUCUCGGCCAGGAGUUCUCUGGCUACGUUGCUCAGCUCGACCGCAACAUCGAGCGUGUCCAGGCCUCGAUCCCUCACCUCCGUUACCUGGCCCAGGGUGGCACUGCUGUCGGAACCGGUCUGAACACCUUCAAGGGCUUCGAUGAGGCCAUCGCCGCCGAGGUCACCAAGAUGACCGGCACUCAGUUCUACACUGCCCCCAACAAGUUCGAGGUCCUUGCCGCCCACGACUCCGUCGUUGAGGCCUCUGGCUCCUUGAACACCCUGGCUGGCUCUCUCUUCAAGAUCGCCCAGGACAUCCGUUACCUCGGUUCCGGACCCCGUUGCGGUCUGGGUGAGCUGUCUCUUCCGGAGAACGAGCCCGGCUCUUCCAUCAUGCCUGGCAAGGUCAACCCCACCCAGUGCGAGUCCCUCACCAUGGUCUGUGCUCAGGUCAUGGGUAACCACGUCGCUGCCACUAUUGGUGGCAUGAACGGUCAGUUCGAGCUCAACGUCUUCAAGCCCGUUAUGAUCCGCAACCUGCUCCACAGCGUGCGCAUCCUUGCGGACGGCAUGAAGAGCUUCGAGAAGAACUUGGUGCACGGUCUCGAGGCCAACGAGCCCAGAAUCAACGCUCUCCUCCACGAGAGUCUGAUGCUCGUUACCUGCCUGAACCCCGUCAUUGGUUACGACAUGGCCUCCAAGGUCGCCAAGAACGCCCACAAGAAGGGUCUCACCCUCAAGCAGAGUGCCAUGGAGCUCAAGGCUCUGAGCGAGGAGGACUUCGACAAGUACGUCCGUCCCGAGCUGAUGUUGAGCCCCAAGGAGAAGAAAUAG